CGUUGAAAAAGGUGCAAAACUGUUCGCUUCUCAAAAUUGUAGGCAAUGAGGUGAAUAUAAGUAUACAUAUGUAUCUUGGCUAAAUAUACAAAAAUGAAAUCCAUAACAACGAACCUCGGUCUUAAAAUGACUCGAGCCUUAGCCAUAUUAAAUUGAGCCGAGAUCGGAGCAUGGGCAAGGUCGUAAUCGAUGGUUUUAUACUAUAAGUUGAUGAACCGGCGGACAAUGGGACUAUUAAUUGUGGUGGAAUGCGAAGAAUAUAAACAUUUUUAUGCGUCGUACAUUAUAAGAUUAAUAUAAUAAAAGAAUAUUAGCUUCGCGGAUACGGAUUAUGGUACGAGAAUGAGACUCGCAAGGAGGCAAGGCAGAGCAGAGCCAGAGUUAUCGAACCUUCGAGGCUUCGAUAUGGAUAGUCCUGCGUAGAUUUUGAGGUGAGGAGAGAGAGUCUUCGACUAAAUUAGGAUCUAAAAACAUCCGAAAUUUCGGAUAAAUAAUAUUAAGAAAGCUAUAAAACCGAAAACAGCAUCGCCAUUAAGUACUCGAUAAUCGAAUAAUGGCGUAAAAAUAAUUUAAUAACACUAAUUAAUUCCUCUCAGCUCUGUCCCCUCCUCCUCAUUCAAUCAAUCAAAUCACUCCAGCUAAAAAAAAAAAAAAAAAAAAAAAACUCAUCAAUCAUCCUAAUCGAGAUUAAAAGACUAUUCAAAAAAUAAAAAUAAAAAACUCGUCGAAAAAAUUCAAUCGUCGAGCCGCGUGUUGGCAACACUGCCUUCGAACCGCGAAGUAUCGCUCACGUUACUACGGUGAUCGCGCGUACAACGCGUAGGAUAUUCAUAGUGAAGCUCGAAGACUUUCAGCUUAUUGUAUGUAUGUAUACUAUAGAGUUGUCGGUGGUGGGGAUAACACAUCUUGUAGAGUGUCGGACUCGGCUAUAGUUAUUGCAUUCCAAGCAGGAGCAGAUCUACUCGUAUUCGUCGUGAACAAUAGUCGUAUGUGUGAUAUCGAGCUAGUGAACUCGACGUUGUCGUCUAUGUGUUUUCGGUGUGUUUUUCUACGAUAGAAUAGGUAAUUUUAUCGUCGUAAUUUUUCAAAUUUCCAUCGUAUCUUUUUGUGUUUGACGAAAUUGCGGAAUUUUUUCACGUAAUUAUUCGAAUUUAGCUUUCGUAACUACGUCGACGUUGGUUUUUUUCGCGUAUUAAUUUGUAUAAAUAUUUUAUAAUAACGAAGAAAUAUAUUGUGUAUGUGUUUUGAGUGUACCUAUACGAUGUGUUAUUUCAAGUUGGAUGAAAAUACGCAGGCGGUGUUUCGUUGCUGAAUCAGGCAUGGUAUAAUGUGCAAACCAAAAGAGACCCUGUAAUGGAUUGGCUAUUACGGCCAUUAGUGUUUUUCGGCAUUUUCAUUUGCGUUUUUGGUGCGAAAGAAUGCCUGUACGAAAGAUGCUCGAAUACGUAUAAAGAAAGCAUGGAGGAGAAAGAGAUCUACGACCCGGAGCCGUCGAAAGCCUACUGCGAUAUCGUGAAAACCUAUCUGGUAUGCUUGAGAGAGAUGACCAAAGCCUGCCGUGGAAAUCUAAACUAUCACGGUACCGUACACGGUAUGAAUUUAGUCAACGACAUACAGUGCAAACCGUCCAAAGGAAACAGCAAUAAUUCAAAUACUAAUCGAGGAAAUAACGCCAAAGUUCAACCGUCGUCCACUUCCAGACCGUUGAUGUUACCCAGCUGUAAAUUUUUCGGAUCGUAUAAAUUUCAUCAUUGCGGCCUGUACGGAGAUCCGCAUUUGAAGACUUUCGAUGGACUGUACCAGACGUGCAGAGUUAGCGGCCAAUGGACGUUGAUCGAUAAUCCGUAUAUGUCGGUGACGGUGACCAGCGCGCCGGUUACAGAUGGAUCUCACGCUACUGCUCCGAUUAAGAUAUCGAUAUGGGUGAAAGGCAGAGACACCCCUUGCACGCUGGACAAACACUACGAAGCUGACAGCAAGUUCUCGUUACCGCCGACCUUCACAGACGGCAGCGAUCGUUCUGGAUCCGAUAAUACGGUCACUCUGCAGGUAGAUUCGUUUCCGGAAGAAGAUCGCGAAUCGGCCGAAAUCCAGAUGCGUUACAUCGCGUCUCGACUGUUCAUCCGACGUAAAGGCAAAUACCUCGCCUUCAACGCCAAGAUCCCGGACGAAAUCGUGCAACUGACCAGAUCGUACGACGACAGCAAGACGAUCCUUUGCUCGACCGGAUGUCCGGCCAGCGAGCAGCUUAAUCCUAUCUUAGCUCGCGGGCACGUCAUCGAACGCGAGGAAGCUUUCAAACUGUGCAAAAGUAUGGAGAAUUCGACCGGAGAAAUGUCCUACGCGUUGACCGAUAAUUACCUGGAUUGGUGCGUGUUUGACGUGAUGACAGCCGGACGAGAUACCGAUUUCAUCGACGCCGCUCAUUUGGCUCAAUUUGAUGCGCUCAAGUUGGACCUGCCAUCGCUGCAGAAUCGUACCACUUUGCUAGAGAUACCCUCCGGGUUGCAUUUCAAUGGCGGAGCAGGCUCAGUAUCGAGGAGCUUUCAGUUACCAUUUUUCAUUUGCAGUCUGAUGCUGAUUUGUAGCAGGUAUUUGUCGUCGCUGUAAACACCGUAAUAGUAGGUCGUUGGUCGUUGUUAUUUAUUGUUUUUAUUGUUGUUUUUAUUUCGAUUACUCUUUUUAUUUUUUCGUUCGUGAGUUUUUAUUAUGACCCUGUUUUUUUUUUGUUUUUCCCCCUUUAUUUUUUUGAUCCCCUUUUUUUGUUUUUUUUUGUGUAAUAUUUUUUUAAAAAUGUUUUAUAUUAAUAUGUGAUCCUCUUCCGGCUCCAUUCGGUAUCUUCCAUUUACCCCUCCUGUUUUUUUUUUUUUUAGAUGAAUACGUUUUAGUAUGGUAAAAGUUCUUCCAUUUUUUUCUCAAUCUUUCUCUCUUCUCUCCCUUCCUGAUUACCUAAAUUGAUUGAUGGCGAAAAGAUAAGCUCUGUACUGGACACUCGAAGGAAAAAAUAGGGAAAUGACGAUGAGAAAAAUUUAUUAGAGAUUUGGCAACGUGUUUGAGAUGAGUAGGUACAUAUUUUUGAGACUAGUCGGUUUAUUUGGUGAGAAUAGAUUGGAAGUACACGACGAAGUCGAUUUUGCCAUAUAUAUAUAAAGGGGAGGGAGAAAAUACGAUUUUAAGACUUGAUAUUUUAAGAUGUGAUUUUAUAUUUUGAAAUUUUGGGUUGGAAAAUGUUUGAGAAAGGAAAUAAGGAACGAAAAUGUCCUUCUUAUUAGGCAAAAAAUAAAUUGCAGGCGUUUUUAGAAUCAUGGGGGGGGGGAGGAAUCAUUUUUAAAGCUUUCGAUUAUGAUUUUUUUGCUUCGUCAGAAAUUGCUUCAUUUGAGUCGAAUUUUGGUCUUGAAAAUCUGAGACGAGGAAGAGGUGAAGAUAAGAAUUUUCUGAAUCCACCAAACUAAUAUUAUAUGGUUUUAAAAAAGGUCAUUCCAUAUUUUUUCCCCUCUCGAGUGUUCAAAUAAAAUUAUUCAUCGAUUUGACGACGUGAAAAAAUGGCGAGGUAUUUUUUUAAACAGACUAGACAUCUAACGAACGAACGAACGAACGAAUGAAACUGAUCAUUAUUUGAGUUAAUUUUAUUAAGAUCGGGUAAUUUAUUAUUGAUUAAUUCUUGUAGAAUUGGGGAUAAAAUUGGGCAGUGAGAAGACGAACGUCUUUUCAGACAACAAACGAACGAAUUUGCAAUCUUCGACGACCGACAUUUUACUGAAUGAAUCAUUCGCGAACGAAUUUACUCGUUCUGAGAAUUGUGCUAUAAUUUAUAUUAUUUUAUUGUAAGUGAAAUAGUAAAUUUUAACGAUGGAUUUUGUUCAUCGCGAAUCGUUCGCGAAUGAUUCGAUUUAACUUGAAUCGAAUCGUUCGCGAAUGAUUUGAUUUCUUUAAAUCGUUUUUGCCUUCUUGGAAAUUAUCAAAUCUUGAUUUUUGAAUCGAGCGAAAAAUUCUGUAUUUUGGAAGACCUUGGAUUCCAAAUGAAUCAUUUAUGAACGAAUCGUUCGCGAGUGAUUCAAAUCUCCUUGAAUCGUUCUCGAAAACGAUGAAACAUCGAGUAGUUUGAAUCAAAUCAGACGAAUUCUGAAUCGUGGAAAAUUUUGAUUUUUAAAUGAAUCAUUCGCGAACUUAUUUCUUUCAAAGUAUGAAUCAGAAGUAGAUUUUUCUGGAUGAAUCAUUCGCAAACGAAUUUUUAUAAACUGAAAAAGUGAAAAUUCUAAUGAAAUUAAAGGUUGUCUUUUGCAAAAGUUUCGAUUCCAAAUCGUUCAAAAAUUACGAUGAAAUGAGGAAUUUUGAAUCAAAUGAACGAAUCUCUAAUUUUAAACGAUCCGAUUGAAUUUUUUAGCUGAUUCAUUCGCGAACGAAUUCCCCUUAUGAUUUAAUGCCAAAUGAAUCGUUGGAAAACGAUGAGAAAUUUGGUGCUAUAAAUUGAACGAAAUUGAUUCAUUGCUAUUUCAACUUCUGAAAACUUUUUUCCAUCAGUUCAUCGCAACUCGUUCGCGAACGAUUCGAUUCUAAAUUACCCAAUUAAUAGAAAACGACGAAAAUGUGAGUUUUAAAUCGAAUGAAAAAAUUCAUCAUUUUGGUCGAUUUGGAUUUUUCGAACGAAUCGUUCGAGAACGAAUUCUUUUCUAAUGAAGUUUUUUUUCGUUCAUUGUAAAUCGUUCGCGAAUGAUUCGAUUCUAAAUUAUUCGCUGGAAAACGAAAAAGUUUUAGUUUUUCUAUUUUGGAUGAUCCAGUCCAAAUGAAUCAUUCGCGAACGAAUUAUUUUUCGACAAAUUUGGAGAUGAGUUGUAUUCAUCAGAAGUCGUUUGCGAGCGAUUCGAUUCUAAAUGAGUCUUUUCAAAUCAAUGAAAGGGGCCAUUUUGAAUCGAAUCAUUCGCGAACGAUAUUUUUUCCGCAUGAAAAUCGAAAUGAAAACUAAAGUACAAGUAUACGUUGAAUGUCUUCGACAAUCUUAAAUCGUUUGCGAACGAUUUGGUUUCAAAGAUAAACCGUUCGAUAACGAUGAAAUUGGGUAUUUUGAAUCAAAUCAUUCGCGACCCACUGUUCUCGAACAGUUCAAUUUUCGUUCGUGAACAUUGAACUUCAAUUCAGUGAAUCGUUCGCGAACGACUGGUCACUCCUUUCUUACUAUUUUGAGGAAUCCACGAAAACUGACGUCUGUUUUUUUGUUCCAUGAUCAAGUGAAUAUUCGGUCGUUCGGAAUCUAUCGAGUCAUUUUUGGCGAACGAAUCGUUCGCGAACUAUUUUCUCAUAAAUUAUAGCAUAACAAUAAAUUGUAACCUUCCUAAAAUUCGUUUGUAUAGUUCGAAACACGCUAAAAAUGAAAAAUUCAUAUUUUUCUCCUCUUUUCUAAUUACGAUGUAAUUUGAACGUGAUUUUAAUUCGAAAAAAACAUUAUUUUUUCAACUAUUGAAGGAAAAUAUCGUUCGUUUUUUUACCUCCUGUUUUUUAUUGGUUUUUUUUUUUUUUUGAAAGAGCUACUAUUCGCCAUCUUCUGUUAUACCUACUCGUCCUUGUUACGUGCAUUAUUCUGUGCUUAAUAAAUUCAAAUGGAUAUUUUUUUCUAGUAUACGCGAAACAUUAAUUUAUAUAUUUUAUAAUUUUUUUAAUUAUGUUGAUGAUCUCGAUUAUGUUUUAGUUAUUUUUGUGUACGAGUGUGAGUGUGUGACGUGAGUUAAUAUCAUGAAGACGAUAACAUAAUGAUGAAAUAGUCAUUUUCUUUAAAAAAAAAAAAAGAUGAAAAGAAAAACUAUGUAUUUCGAAUUUAAUGUUUGAAGUACAAACUAUAAUUUUUAGACGGAUUUAUUUACAUUCCAUAAUAUUAAUUAGUAAUUCGUAUCAUUGUGAAACAUUUUUUUCUCCAAAUUUUAUAGAAACCAAUUUUUUUGACGCUUUUAAAAUAAUUUUAAAAUUAAUAUAACCGAUGUAGUAUGUUCAACUUAUCGUCUGGUUAAGUGUUACCAAGCAUAGUUUUUAAGCGUUUAUUUUAAUUAUUUCAUUUUUUUUUUUUUUUGUAUAAAAAAUGAACUAAACGCGAUAUUAGAAAUAUCGCAUGUAAGAAUACCUAAUAAUUUUAUUACGUAUUUUUUUUUUUUUUGUUUUUAACUUUUAAAUUAGCGAUAUAGUGCGAUGUCAAUGUCAUGGUUCGUGUGCCAUAAAGAAAUGAAAUAAUAUUAUUAUUGUUGUAAAAUGGUAAUUACGCCGAUUCUGAUGAUUUUUUUUACGUAUAUAAAUUUUACUUUGUUGAAUGUAACGACUGUAAUGAGCUUUAAAGAACGAUUUACGAGAUGCUUUAUCGUAUAAUUUUUCUAUUUUCAAAUAGAGGAAAGUUUUAAAUCGAAAAUUAAAAGUGACAAUACGAAAGGAUAUUAUUUUACAUGUGUGAUUAUGUGGCUUAAUCGCUAAUUAAAUUGUUUUAUAUGAUUUAUUACGUGUACAGUGAAAUUUUUUUUCAAAAAAUGAAUUUUGUAAUUAUGUAAAUAUAUAGUUUUGAAUAAUA